UGCCUAAAAUCCAUUUUUUCUCAGAGUUGCCUUAAUCCUUUUCACAUUGCCUAACCUUCGUAUUCUAUAGAGAUCUCAAAGUUUCCUUAAAUCCUUUUGAGACAUUGCCUAGACUCCUCUUUCCAUUGAGAUGGCUUAUGCAUCUCUACUUUCACUUGCUCAAACACUAGAGCAGAUCCUGCAUCCUCAGGAUCAAUCUCUAAAUCUUCAUCAUACAGAGCAACAGAUCAUGAGAUGUCUCCAUGAAAAGGUUAACUUCUUGCUGGAUUUUCUGGAUGUUAUUUCACCAAAAAGUAGUGAGAAUAUUAGAGAUUUGGAAGGAAGAAUCAGAGAUGCAGCGUAUGAAGCGGAAGAUACAAUUGAAUCCAAUAUGUCGAAUCAGAUUGUCUCAGAGUUGGAGCAGAAAUACAAUGGCUUGCAGAAGGUAUUACAAGAACUCGCUUCCAUUUCAGAAGAUUUGGUGAAAAUGAAGGAAUGGAACGACAUAGAAAUUGUGAAACCAAGGAACACAUAUCCUUCUGCUCGUUCCACGAACAGGAGUGCUGUUGUGGGAAUUAGAGACGAGAUUGAGUGUGUUGUGAAUAAGCUGACGCGUUCGUCCUCAGAUCUCAGUAUCAUCUCAGUUGUUGGGAUGCCAGGCCUUGGCAAGACUACUGUAGCAAGAAAAGUUUAUAAGGAACCGAACAUUGCAUCUCACUUCGAUGUUUGUGCAUGGGCAACGGUAUCACAAAAUUAUUUUGAACAAGAGGUACUCAGCCGCCUUCUUCAUUCCAUAAGAAACCUCAAUCAUGAAUCAAACCAAGAGAGCAUAGAAAAAUUAGCUGAGAAUUUAUAUAAAAGUUUGAAGGACAAGAGAUACCUCAUUGUCCUGGACGAUGUGUGGGAUAAAGAGAUUGUGUUAAAAGUCAAAAAUUGGCUUCCACAUGACUGUAUUGGAAGCCGGAUCUUGUUGACCAAUCGACAUAAAAAUAUAGCCAGUUAUGUUGAUCCUAAUUGCUACGUUCAUCAGAUGAGAUUUCUAAGUGAUUAUGAAAGCUGGAGUCUGUUGCAACAUUUGGUGUUUGGUGAAGAAAGAUGUCCUCCUGAAUUGGUCAAAAUCGGACGGAUGAUUUCUAGGAACUGCGGUGGAAUUCCACUUCCACUUAUCUUGAUCGGUGGUGUCCUGUACAAAGCAGAGAGGACGCAAAGUUACUGGAUCUAUGUUGAAGAACAUACUAAUACUGGACUUUCCAUCGAAGUACUGAACCUACUGAGCUUCGUAACUUUCAGUUAUAACCAAUUGCCCCAUCAUUUGAGAGCAUGUUUUCUUUAUAUGGGUGUUCUCCCUGAAGAUUAUGAGAUCCGUAGAUCCAAACUCAUCAAGUUAUGGGUUGCCAAUAGAUUUAUAAAGCCAGAUAGAUCGAAAAGCUUGGAAGAGGUGGCAGAGGAUUAUCUAAAUGAUCUUGUCGAUAGAAAUCUAAUUAUGGUUCGUGGGUGGUGUUAUGGAGGUGAAGUAAAAACCUGCUGCAUCCAUGAUAUCUUGAGGGACUUCUGCCAGACGAAAACUAAGGAGAAAUUUAAUUCGGAUGUUAAGAAUCUUCCAGACGUCCAUGACAAUCUUCGUCAAGUUAGUAUGCUCACAGAACUGAAGAAUCAAAUCCCCAAAUUUGAUCUUGCAAACAAUCGUGAUUUGCGUGUCCGCUCUGUUACAUAUUAUUUUCAUAAUAGCCCGCAUGAUAUACUUUUUGUCAAGAGUUUUCAGCUGCUGAGGAUAUUGGAUGCACUCACAAUAUGGUUUGACAAGUUUCCUGUUGAAAUAGUAGAACUGGAGACUUUGAGGUUUAUUGCUUUGACCUACUGGGCAAAGCAUAGGAUUCCUUCGUCAAUAUCCAAACUUCGCAAUCUGGAGACGUUAAUUCUUAAUCCAGGGAAACUGAGAUCCAUUUUUAAUACAUCAUUCCUACCACUGGAAAUCUGGAAGAUGUCACGAUUGAGGCAUCUCUUGUUCGUGAGGAGUUUCUUGCCUUAUCCUACCGAUGCACUAAAUGGGGGAACUUUUGUGUCCUUGGAAAACCUACAAACGCUUACCAAUGUCAUAAACUUCCGAUGGACAGAGGAGGUCAUUCAAAUGAUGCCGAACCUGAAGAAAUUGGUAAUUUCAUACGAGCAUGAUGGGCGAACUGAGUGGUCAUCCUACUGUUUUGACAAUUUUGUCCAUCUUCUUCAACUUGAAGUUUUGAAAUGCUUCUUUCUUGGGAAAUCUUAUAUAAAAUAUCAGGAUCCUCUACCAGUGAACUUUGCUUUCCCACAAAAACUCAGAAGGUUAACUUUGAGUGGCUGCAGACUAUCUUGGAAAAGUAUGACUGUUGUUGGUUCGUUGUCCAAACUCGAAGUGCUGAAACUCAAAUACCAUGCCUUUGAAGGCCCUCUUUGGGAAUCAAAUGAUGGGGAAUUUCGUCGAUUAAAAUUGCUGCUCAUACAUAUGACUGAUCUGGAGCACUGGAAAGUUGAUGAAACGCACUUCCCAAGUCUUGAGCGCCUCAGUCUUCAGUACUGCUACGACCUGGCGGAGAUCCCUUCUGGAAUUGGAAAAAUACCAACUCUUCAAAAAAUCGAGUUGUGUGAAUGUAGCACAUCUGUUGUGACUUCAGCAAAGUUCAUAGAAGAAGAAAAAACACGCUUUGGAAAUAAUGGAUUUCAGCUUCACCGAUAGGUUGUGGCAUUGUGAUGAAAGAUAAGGAUACUCAUGUUUCUAGCCAACAAAGUGGAAAAGAAGACAAAGUUGCAAUGUUAUUUCUAGUGUUUUAUUCAGAUUAUGUUGUUGUUGUUGUACAUUAUUGACACAUUGGAUGUCAAAAAUAAAUGAAUAUUGGACAUGUGCUUUUGUAAGUGUUUCAUUGUAGUAUUUUGAUGGCAAUCCGCAGCAGUUACUUCUU